AAUAUAUACUUUUUGUUGCAUUUCUCGGCACUCAAAUCCUGAGACGCUAAGUAGCAGAAACGAUGCAGAGAAGACACCCAAACCCCGAAUUUAAGACUGACGACUUUCGUCACUGGCAAAGGGAGUUUAGUCAACAACAAAAAGUUGUGGAUUCCCAGAGGCCAAGCCCACCAAGAGAGCCAGUUCGACGAAUUGUGCUAAUUGGAAAGACAGGACAUGGAAGGAGCGCAUCUGGAAACACUAUCCUGGGAUGCACCAGAAGAGAGGACUGGAAAUUUAAGGUUACAACAGGCGUGACAUCUGGACUGCAGCAGUGUGAAAAACAUGAAGCUGUCAGAUUUGGGAAAAGGCUUGUCGUGAUUGACACCCCGGGGUUAUUUGACACAAAUUCAGAUUGCACUGAAACAGAGAUUGGGAGGUGUGUGUGUCUGUCUCAACCAGGCCCGCAUGUCUUCCUCCUCGUCAUCGGUAUAAACACUAGGUACACUACGGAGGAGAAAGAAACCAUUGAACAUUUUGAGCGGAUGUUUGGUGAGAUGGUAAAGCCAUACACCAUCGUUCUUUUUACAGGGAUGGACGAAUUGGAAUAUGGUGGGGAGACACUUGAGGAGCGAUUAAGUAGGGAUGAACAGUUUAGGAAUCUUGUACAGAAGUUUGGGAAUAAAUACCAUGGAAUAAAUAACAGAAGACAUGAUGAUGAACAAGUGAGGAAGUUUGUUGACAAAAUAGAGGAUGUAUUGAACGACAAUGAGGGGCAUUUUUACACCAAUAAUAUGUACGAAACUGCUUCCAUUGAACUUCACAGGGAGAUUGAAAACAUUCUGAGGGAAAAGUUGCCAGAUAUCAUAGACAGAGAGCAAAGAAGUAGGAGUGCUGAAGAGAUUGAUAACCUCUGGUGUGAAGAGGUUAAAGCAGCUGUAGAGAAAGCAACUUGCAUCGUUGCAACAAUUUUGAGAAAUAAGGGAUUCAUAUCAAUCUUUGCUUUACUUGGUGCAGGGGCAGCAUUGUGUGUGGCAGGCCCCGCUGUUGCUGCUAUUGCAGCAGGGGCAGGAGUAGGAGCAGGAGUCGCUUUUGGCUACAAAAAAUACUAUAAAAAAUAGGCAUCAAUGAACUGGAAUAUUUUCUCAGUGUUCUCAGAAAUCUUACUGGGAAAAUGACAAUGACAUUAA